UGUUGAACAUUUGGAUAUCUUUAUAUUUUUAAACUUAUUUUGCGUUUUUCAAUAUACAUACAUAAAUAGGAAACCUAUGUAAAAUUGAAUGCAUUUUUACAAGCAUUAUGGCUCCUGGAAUUGAUAUUGUUAUAAUUUUAAUCUGCGGAUCAGCUGCCAGGAUCACGUGUUACUCAGGCGAGUCUUUUGAACUAAACAAGGAGCACCUUAAUAAAGCCCUGAUUGGUCACUCUGUCUUGAAAAUAAAUGGCUCUAGUCAUCAUGAGUGCGCUCGGAAUUGUAUGUCCGUUACAAUUUGUAAAUCCAUUGAUUAUGACAGGAAGGAAAGAACCUGCAAACUAAACGAUGUCGAAAGUUCAUCUGUAGACCUGUUAGAAUUCGAAACCAAAAUAGGAUCUAUUUUCUCGGAUAUAAGUGAAUGGCCAUCAACGAUGAUGGGAGCUUGCCAAUCAAAUCCUUGUCAAACGAACCAAAGGUGCUAUGAAAAUGAUAAGUCAUACUUGUGCAGAGAUUUAUUUACUUGUAGUUAUGGUAAGAAAAUAGACAAUGGUAUAUUAGAGAUGGUUGCGACAGGUGUACACAAGUUCUGUGAUGUGGCAUUGGUUAAAUGUGACGAUGGAUUUGUUACAAUUCAAAAGGAGGUCAGGUGUUUAGCAACGGGGCAAUGGCAAACUGCUUCGUGCCAUCAAUUCACCGACUGCAAAGACAUUCACGAUGUAUUCCCUGAAGCACAAAGUGGAUUAUAUGAUAUAGUACUAUGGCAAUCUGGAACGAUUCUGACAGUGAAUUGUGACAUGGAAACCGCAGGAGGUGGCUGGACGAUAUUCCAUAGGCGUUUGGACGGGUCAGUUGAAUUUUAUCGGAACUUCAAGGACUAUGAAAAUGGUUUUGGAAACGCUGACGGAGAAUUUUGGCUAGGUCUGAAAUACAUACAGGAACUAGCCGAGCAAGGUCCAACAGAGCUUCGAGUUGACAUGACUAAAGAAACUGGUGUUACAGGCCAUGAGACCUUUCAAGACUUCAAGUUAACAGACGGAACAAAAUAUCGGUUGAACAUAGGUUCUCGAAGUUCAAUAGGAGCUGGCUCUGAAGAAAGGGGAUUGAAGUAUCACAAUUUGAAACCAUUUUCAACUUUUGACCGUGACCUUGAUUCCGUUGUACAAAAUUGCGCCGUUGAGCGUCACGGAGCAUGGUGGUAUAAAAACUGCGGCUAUGUAAAUCUGAAUGGAUAUUACGCAAAACCGGGAGCAACAUGCAAUAUUACUGGUGCCGCAAAGAAUGUUUGCGGACACGUUCAUGUCGGCUUUAAUAAUGCAAUUGCGUUGAAAAGCUCUGCAAUGAUGUUGAGGAGGGUGUAAGGAUCAAACGAUUCAGGUUGUUAAUAGCACUAUAAAACAAAGACGCACUCUAAUUCAAUUACAGAGUUUAUAGUUUAAGUUAUUUCAGUGUUAAAAAAAAAGUUAUAUAUUAUUGUAAUUAAAAUUUGAUUCAUUGAAUGCCGGAUAGUGAUAUGUAUAAGACCACGGUUGUAUUGUCUGAAAUAAUAUUGUAUAUAUGACAUGUGGUUGUUUUGCACUCUCACCAGUAUAUUUCAUUCAUUGAUACGCGUUACCGUUUUUCAUAUUCAUGCAUUUUUAUAUUAGUUGUAUAUAUGAAGUUGAGCUGUAUAUGCUUAAAAACUACACUUAAAUAUAUAUUUUAUGUUAUUUUAGGAAAUACUGUCGAUAAUUCAGUUGAUAUGAAAUUUAUAUGUUAACUUUUUGUUUAGCGUGUGUACACAAUAAGUUUCUAUUGAAUUUUUAGACAGAAAGACAUGUAAAGAUCUUAUAUGUUUGUUUUAAAUGUGUGAUUAUAUGUAAUAAUAUUUCAUCUUUCGUUUUAUUAUGGAAUAUGUAUAAGACAUCUUAUCUUUUGAGAUAAAGCGUGUAACAAUGCAUUGGCAAUAAUUAUUAAUGAAAAAUAUUGCAACAGAAUAGAGGAUACUCAUUCACAAGAUUUUCCUAUAAAUACUAAAUCUAUUUUCAUCGAGUGGUAUGAAAAUAAAUAUUUCAUUAGUGGCUGUAACUACGAGUGUAAUAUAAUAAUUUUCAUACCAAAAGAUGAAAAAAAAAUACAUUUAUGUUAUAGAAAAUACUUGAAUAUUUUGUUUAUUAUCGACAUUUUUCUCUUUUUUGACAUUACAAUCAGAGAGAAUUUCCCUAUAAUGUUGUGUAUUGCUACAUUUGGAAGAAAGUGGUUCAGCAAGACACGAGUAUGAAAUACGGAAAAAAUGUUUCACAACAGUUUAAAAAUAUGUUUUUACAAUUUUAACUAUUGAAAAUGAGAAUAUGCAUUACAUUCCAUCAUUUUUUCUCAAUAUUUCAUUUAUAAGUAUAUAAUAAAUGACAAUAAUAAAAAUAAGAUAAAAUGAUGAUAAUGAUAAAGAUGAUAAUGAUUUUAAAAAUGUCAUAACCUAUGUUUAUUAUGUUUAGGAUUUUCUGUAUCAUACAUGUUAUUUCACUAUUUGGAAUUAUUAUUUUAUUCAUUCAUAUUAUGCUUGUUUAUUUCCUAAGCAAAAUACUUUGUUUAUUGUUUUUACCGGUGGUUUUGUGUUGUUUUGGGAGAAGCUCAUUGGAUGCCGUUCUCCCUUGCGGAUCUCUGUUUUCUUAUUUAAGAAGGGCUCCUAGAAACAACUAAUAAAUAUUUAAUUUUCGGUAAAGGACAUAAUAUAUGAGAAGAUGUAAAUGACAUUCACCACAGUUGUUGCUAACUUUA